AUGGAGCGCGAGCAUCUCGAACGUAUGGAACGACAGCAGCAUCACGACGCCCUUGAGCGUGAGCGCUUUGAUGCUCGCGAACGCGGACACGAUCUCAUUUCGCGCGAACAUAUCGAAGCUCGUAAACCGUCUUCCCCCCCCCAGGAGCUUGCGCUGCUUCUCCAAUCUCGCGUGGAGCGCUCGUAUAUUGAUCUUGGGCUUAUGGGUGCUCCCUGCAUUGCCGUCCCCCUGGUUUUUUGGAGACCACAUGCCAUGCAUAAAGCAGGGAGGUGCACAGGAAAUUACCAAACUCUAACGCCCCCUCCACCCGAAUCACCUCGAAAGCUCCCUGCACCGUCCGAGGUUAUCGGAUGCGUUCUCAAGGUGAUCGAGCCUGAGUUUGGUUUCCCAGAGGCAUGCAACUUCGGUUUCGGAAUCCAAGAGCGCGUUGUUCUUGGUCUGCGAUAG